UAUUCUUACCGAUAACCAUUGCCCUCUCCUUCACUGUCUGCUUGAGCGCUCUGCGUCGUCGCCGUCUCCAUUUGGCGAAUUCGUCGGACCGAAGUGGAAAUUUGUGCGCAAAUCGAACGCUUCUGCUGUUGAUACUUUAUUUGAGGUAGCUUUUGAGGUGAAACUACAAAACCCUAACGCUAACCAAUGGCCUCAGUUCCGCUCCUCCGCCUCUCCCCGCCGCUGCAACCGCAGCUCCUCCACCUCCGCCGCCCACUCCGACCUCUCCCACUCCGACCAAACCUCCGCUUCACAACCAGGUGCUCCUACUCUCCCACCCCGGCCGUCGACCGCCUGAUCUCCGCUGCGUCGUACUUCCUCCCCUUCUUCAAUGGCCUGCAGUACGGCCGCUUCCUCUUCACCAAGUACCCCGCCCUGGCGGCGCCAUUGGAGCCCCUACUCCCUCUCCUCUCUCUCUACCACUCCGUCCCCUACGCCAGCUUUGUGACCUUCUUUGGCCUCUACCUCGGCGUCGUCCGCAACCCCAACCUGAGCCGGUACGCUCGAUUCAACGCCCUGCAGGCGCUGGUCUUGGACGUUCUCCUGGUUGUCCCGGUGCUGCUACAGCGGAUCAUCACCCCCGGCCGGUCAGGUAUUGGGCUCAUGCUAACUGCAUGGGCUCAUUCUGGUCUUUUUAUGUUCGUGACAGCCUGCUUUAUUUAUGGUCUUGUAUCGAGUGUUCUUGGCAAGACGCCAUAUUUGCCGCUGGUGGCUGAUGCCGCCGGCCGCCAGUUUGACUGAGUUUGUAUCUGAGUUUGCACUUUGCGUACUUUAUAACCAUACCAUGUUGUUAUUAGUUUUGACCUAGAAUGUUGUGAGGAAAAUGGUAGCCAACUAAUUGCAUUCUUGUUUGUGUUUUCGACACCUAAUACGUUAUUAUAUAUAUAUAUAUAUAUAAAUCGUUUACAUCAUCAUCUCCCAGGUGA